AAGCAAGAACCAGGCCCCCCCAAUUCAUUUUCAUUUGUUUAAAUCCCUGUAACCAUCACCAUUUUAAUUUACCUUCUUCAAUGUCUCCUCAACGGCUACUUUGACUGCUCUUUCCAAACAAAUAACUCAAAGCUAAGCUAAGCAAAGCAAAGUCACUGAGCAGAGAGCUGAAGGAGAGAGAUGGAUUUCGGUUCGUUCUUGACGUCCUUGGGGACUUCCUUUAUAAUUUUCGUAAUUUUGAUGCUCCUUUUCACGUGGCUCUCCAGGAAACCAGGAAACGUCGUCGUUUAUUAUCCCAAUCGGAUCUUGAAAGGUUUGGAUCCAUGGGAGGGUUCCGCUUCCCGGAAUCCCUUCGUGAUCCGGGAGGUCAUGUCUUCUUCCGAGCAAGAUGUUAUUGACAUAUCUGGCUUUGACACUGCUGUUUACUUUGUUUUUAUGAGCACUGUGUUGGGGAUAUUUGUUUUGUCUGGCAUUAUUCUGCUACCAGUUCUUCUACCAGUUGCUGCAACUGAUGACAGUAUAAGGAAGACGGCCGCAGCUAAAAGCAAUGGGACUACCACAAGCAACGGGACUUUUAGCAAUCUUGACAAGUUGUCCAUGGGAAAUGUCCAAGAGAAUAGUUCAAGGUUGUGGGGAUUCCUUUUAUCUGUUUACUGGGUUUCUUUUGUUUCCUAUUACCUGUUAUGGAAAGCAUACAAACAUGUUUCUGUUCUGAGAGCGAACGCUUUGAUGUCCCCUGAAGUGAGACCUCAGCAAUUUGCUGUUCUUUUUAGAGACUUACCUCCUGUUCCUAAAGGUCAAUCCAUAAAGGAACAGGUUGAUUCGUAUUUUAAAGCUAUCUAUCCUGAUACAUUUUACAGAUCAAUGGUGGUCACAAACAACAAAGAGGUUAACAAAAUUUAUGAGGAGUUGGAAGGAUACAAAAAGAAGCUUGCACGUACAGAAGCAAUAUAUGCAGAGUCGAAAAAAACUGGCAAGCUAGAAGGAACAAGACCGACCACCAGAACAGGCUGCUUUGGUCUCACUGGUAAAAAGGUUGAUGCAAUAGAAUACUAUAAGGAGAAGAUAAGUGAAUUAACUCCAAAACUGGAAGCCGAACAAAAGGUCACUCUCCGAGAGAAGCAGCUAGGUGCUGCUCUAGUCUUCUUCACCAGUAGGGUGUCUGCAGCCUCUGCAGCUCAGAGUCUUCAUGCCCAAAUAGUUGACACAUGGACUGUGACGGAUGCACCUGAAGCCCGCGAAAUAUUGUGGACUAACCUAAAAACCAAGUAUUUUGAAAGGCAGACAAGGCAAUCUUUGAUUUACUUUAUCGUGGCCCUGACCAUUCUGUUUUAGAUGAUUCCAAUUGGGUUUAUUUCUGCAUUGACAACCCUGGAUAAUCUAAAGAAAAUUCUUCCAUUUGUAAAGCCAGUUGUGAAAUUACAUGCAAUUAAGACAGUUUUGGAAGCUUAUCUCCCCCAGAUUGCACUUAUAGUGUUUUUGGCUCUGUUACCCAAGUUUCUAUUGUUUCUAUCAAAGGCUGAGGGGAUUCCUUCCGAGAGUCAUGCAGUAAGGGCUGCAUCAGGAAAAUAUUUCUAUUUUGAUGUGCUUAAUGCUUUUAUCGGCGUCACUGUGGGUGGGACACUUUUCAGUACUCUCAAGAACCUUGAGGGGGAUCCGAACUCCAUCAUCGACGUACUAGCAAAUGGCCUUCCUGUGAAUGCAACCUUCUUUCUGACCUUUGUGGCUCUGAAGUUUUUUGUUGGCCAUGGGCAUGAAUUAUCUCGAAUAGUUCCUCUCAUUAUAUUUCAUCUGAAAAGGAAGUAUCUUUGCAAGACUGAAGCUGAGGUGAAAGAAGCUUGGCUUCCCGGAGAUCUUAGUUAUGGAACUAGAAUUCCUAAGGACAUGCUUGUCGUCACACUUGUCCUCUGCUACUCUGUCAUAGCUCCUAUGAUUAUCCCAUUUGGUGUUGUGUACUUUGCCCUGGGAUGGCUUAUCCUUAGGAAUCAGGCACUCAAAGUAUAUGUUCCAUCAUAUGAGAGCUAUGGAAGGAUUUGGCCACACAUUUUUGCGCGAGUUGUUGCCUCGCUGCUACUCUACCAGGUUACCAUGUUCGGUUACUUUGGGGUGAAGAAAUUCCAUUUUACUCCACUUAUAAUUCCACUUCCGAUAUUGUCCUUGCUCUUUGCCUAUGUUUGUAGCAAGAAAUUCUAUAGAUCUUUCAGCAACACGGCCCUUGAAGUUGCUUGCCACGAACUGAAGGAAACGCCUAACAUGGAGCAGGUGUUCAGGUCCUACAUUCCACCAAGCUUGAGCUAUGAAAAGGCUGAUGAUGAGCAGUUUGAAGACGCAUUAUCUCAAGUUUCACGGUCAGGGUCGUUUGUUUGAUGUAAAGGUAGUAGCUGAACUUGUGAGAACUUUAGAUUAAUUAUUUGUUGAUAGAGACCAUGUCGCUGAGUUGUUUGUAAUAUUAUUUUGUGUUGGGGGAAUGCUACGAACAACUUUGAUUUCUAUACAAAUUAUUGGCUUGUAUAGUGUCAUUUCCUAAAUAUUAAUUGCCUUACCUAAUUAUUGCCAA